UGCCUUCGGUUUAAAUUCUGGCCAAUUCAAGAACGGAAUUUAUUCCAUGACAGACUGAGAAUUCAUACGAACUAAUUAUAAAAGAUAGCUGAAAAACGUUUAUGUCAAAACGUGUAUGGCGGUUAUAAAGAAUUUGAUUAAGCAGUAACUCAGCAACCAUCUCAGAACAGUCUCAACUGUCUCCAAUGAAGAGUGAUAGCUAUUAGUGUGGACAAAUUGUAAAAGAGGCAGACGUCAGAGGAAUUGCUUGAAUCGAGAGCGAAGACGAUAUUGCAGUAAGAAAAAGAAUGAGAAAAAACUGACACAAGACUUGGAAGAGUUCCGAUAUUUUACGAGGAGACCAUAACUUUUGUUUCUGGGCAUGACCACUAUUCUCAAACAAAGUGCAUUGCGUUUAUCGUUAAACAGAACUUUACGCUGAGAAGCGGCUCUAUAUCAUUCGGAUGCAUUGGUGAUCAUAUCCGGAGAUGGAAAUGCAAGAAUUAGGAAGCCAUGAUGAAUCAGAAAUCGAACAUGAGCGAAACGCAAAAAACAUGUUCUGCUCCCUCAUCAAGGACUUUUGUGACUACACAUCUGCGCAUGGCCUGGGGAGGAUAAUGGCGGCGACACACUGGGUGCGAAAAGUACUCUGGAUCAUGCUCCUCUUGGUUGCGAUGACGAUUAUGACGAUUCAAGUGAACGUUUUGUACCAAAAAUACCAAAGCCGGCCUCUGACUACCUUGGUCACAGUUGAAACAGCCUCGAGCCUCCCAUUUCCAGUUGUUACGUUCUGCAACUUCAAUGCUCUCAAAAAUGAUUCUCUACAAGCUGCUAAAGCAGAUGGAAUGGAUAUUUUCAAAAACCUCUUCACAAGUGAACUUGCUAAAAACAUCUCAAGUAGCCAGAGAAGACGACGAUCAAAUGAUCCUGCUCCAACUCUAGAAAGUCUCGCUGAUCAGGAAGGUUCAAGUUAUGAUUCUGAUGACGAUGAUGACGGGAACCUUUCUUGGGAUGACGACGAAGAGUUUCAAGAUCCGUUUAAGAAAGACCCAACCUUUUUAAAAAAUGAGCAGCUAGCGGUUCUUAUGGCUAAGGAAGAUCUUAGACUUUUAAGCAUGAUAGGUCACCAAUUUGACGAUAUGGUUUUGUCCUGCACUUACAGGGGUGUUCCAUGCAAGAAUUUCUCUUCUGUUUUUUGGAAUAAGUUUUGGCAUUAUAAGUAUGGCAACUGUUUCGUAUUUAACAGUGGAAAAACGAAAUCAGGGAAGGACGCACCCAUCCUAAAAUCCAACAAACCAGGACCAUCUCAUGGACUCAUCUUGGAACUUAACAUAGAACAGGAAGAAUACUUGGGACAAAUGAGUCCAGAGGCAGGAAUUAAACUUGAUAUCUCUCCUCAUGGUGAGAUGCCAUUUCCACUGGAAAGGGGCCUGAGUCUUGCUCCAGGAUACGCUACCAUGAUUGGAAUGAGGAAGGAGGUGAUAAAGAGAGAGGAUCCAUUUCAGAGCAAGCGAUGUUUGAAGGAGGUCACCAAAGAUGAUACUAACUUGUAUACAAAGCAUUUUGGAGCAGUAUACUCUUCAACGGCAUGUAGAAAAUCCUGCUUGGCGUACAAUCAGCUCAGAAAGUGUCGAUGUAUGCAAUACCAAUUUCCAGGAAGUUCCAAGUAUGGUAUCUGUAGCGUCAUCGACAAAUCAACACUCAAAUGUCUCAGCAACGUCCAGAAGAUGUUUAAAGAGAACAACUUGAAUUGUACUACAUCCUGUCCGCCACCUUGCAGAGAAGAAGGCUACAAAAUGAGUUCUUCGUUUGCUCUUUGGCCAUCGGAGAAGUAUGAGCCAAUCUACGAGAAGGCUCUGCAGAAGGAAUAUAAAAUUUUGUUCACCAAGAGAGGAUCAUCUCACAGAAAAAAUGUUUGCAAGUUACAAGUCUUCUACGAAGAACUCAACUUGGAAGUGAUAACGGAACGGCGGUCGUAUGAGAUUGAAGAUUUUGUAUCAGACAUUGGCGGUCAGUUGGGUCUGUGGAUUGGUUUCUCCGUGCUGACUGCAGCUGAGUUCUUAGAGCUGUUCAUGCUCAUAUUUCACGCAGUCUUCAAGAACUGCGGGGCCAAGAAGACGCAAAAGUCAAACCACAUCCAUCAGGAUAUCGUGGCCUAAACAGACAAAGCUGUGGAAUUCCCCUAGCCUGAUAAUUACCAAUUCAAAACCACAUUUCAACGGGUGUACAUCUUUGCCACGAUGGUGUGGAACGCUUGAUUACGUGAUGUGAAACAAGACUUCCUUAUCCUUAUUUUAUGGUUUAAAAAGAGAAAAACUCUUGUUAUUGGUUACGACAAGGUGUCAGGGGAGAGCAUUCUAUAAUAAUUAAUUCACUUUGUGUUGUGAAACGAUAGCAUCGUUGCUUGACUUUUUUUUCGUUCCGUUUUGUAUUUCUGUGUUGAUUUUCGGAUUUUUUGAACGUAUCCAAUGCAACAGUUUCACUCAUAUAUUUAACUUAAAAAUAGAAGAGAGAACGUGUCUUUUUCACACAAAAGAAUAUAGUUUCCGUUACCGAUUAAUCGUCACACGAGGCACUGUGCAAAGCUUUUUCAGUAUGUGAAGGUAUCAGGCUGUAGCUAUUUUCAGUUCCUUUCAGUUCGGUCUUGCCUGUUACAACCCCAUAGUUUCUUAUUGCAUACUGAAGCAUCGAUCAUACUUAGAAUUACAGAACCUUGUCUUCCUCCUUCAAUGCGACUUGAAGGUCUCUCACUGAGUGCUGUGCUACAAAUAUUAAACCAGGAAAUAACAAAAUAUAGGUCGCUUGAUAAUUUUAACUUAGUCACUGAUAUCGCUCAA